AGCAAAAUAAUGGGUCCUGCUAAUGGGUUCAACAAAGGUAUAUAAAUCGACCAUCGAGGGCAGAAGCUUCAGUAAGGGCUUUGUUUUUGUGUAACUUAUGAGGAAGUAACGACAAACUUCAAGACAUCACGAUGAAAGUGAUAGUUUUGGUAUUCACGAUAUUCGUCGCGUUGCAUCGCGAUGUCAGAGGUAACCCGCUCUCGAACCGUUGGUCAGUCAAUAUUGAAACUAGUCGAGUCACAAGGACGGUCAAACCAGAAUCAACGGUUCAGGCCCGUUCCUACAACUCCUGGAUGCCGACAUUUUCGAUAAGCGGCUUGUUUAAAGACGAGGACGAUGACGCCAUAGCUACGUUGGGAAAGAAGAUUUCAGCACUGGAGAAGUCCCAGAAAGAAAUUCGCCAACUUUUUAAAGAAUUCACCGAAGCUACUAAGAAGACAUCUUGCGAUGCUGCAUUGGCUCCGGGAACUAGCAAUAAUCGAACGCAAGGGCAACCUCAAAAUACGAAGGACGAAAAGGGGAAAGAAAAAGUUGACGCGACUGGAGAUACGAAGAAAGAUUUGGCGCUAAGUGUUCCUGAAACGACAAAUGGCGACAGCGUGGGCGAAAUGAAAGAAUCGACGCUGACACCGAUAAACAAUGACGGUGUACAGAGUACUACUAUGAUUGUGAACGAGCCUGAUAUGGGUGAAACGAUACCAACGUUAGCGAAACCGCAGGUUGAAAAUGGUUUACAGACCGGAAAUUAGGAAGGAAACUGAAAGUGAAAAUGGUUCUUCAAAUUGCCAAGAAGAGUAACAGCGCAAGAAAAAUAAGCUGAAUCCUCCUUUUUGAGAAGCUGGGAAAGGAUAUUUUUAUUUUUAUGUAUUAAUGUACCCAUUUUUGGAAAAGGAUCCAAGAAAGGAAAGGUCGACUGUUAUUAAUACAUUGAAACACCUACGAUUUAUAUAAGAAGACAUGAAUUAUUGUUAUCGUCGAAUGAUA